GACGAAGCCAGAUUCCCCUGACACACUCCAUCGCCCUUCUCCUUUCUCCCUUUAACCUAAUCCUCAUCUUCCUCGGCUUCCUUGCGCGCAUGCAAUCCGGCGGCCGGCGUUCGUGGGUAAGUCGGGCGGGCCUCCGACGUGCAUCCCCUCUCUCAGACGGAGGUGCAUGAUACACGAGUACACUUCUGAUGCUUUUACACAAAAGUUGGAGCAUGCACACAAGAUACAUAUUAAAUAUGGAAAAGCUGGGAGCUGGCCAAUUGAGAAUAGGGAAUACUGGUGUCAACAUCCAAGGACCUAUAGCAUCUCUGCAGUGCAUAAGGAAAGCAUGAAUCUAAACAGAUUAUAUUUGUGCAAAUGGAACAAGCCUGCUCUGCUAAGACUCGUGCCUUUGGUGACCGGACAACGAGUGAUGUCACUGUUUGCUUGAGGAACAGAGAUGGUAGGCCAGAGUGGUUCCACUGCCACUCAACCAUUUUGAGGGGAGAGAGCAAAUAUUUUGCAGAUCGGCUCCCUGAGAACCGUCCUGCUUCUCCGAGUCAUGAUACGGGUAAUUGCAUUGAAGUUCACUGCACAGGAAACGAGUAUGACAAUUAUGUUAAGGUCUUAAAGCUACUUUAUCUCUCAGAAGAGUCAGUUCUAGACUCGUGGGAUUCUGUUAAAUCUGCCAUUGGUGUUCUUCGAGUUUCAGUUUCUCUUCAAUGUAGAUCAAUCAUCCAGAGCUGCAUCCUGUACUUGGAGGCUGUACCUUGGGAGGAAGACGAAGAGGAAGAGAUCAUAAAAGUGGCCUCUAGCCUAGGCCCUGAAGCUCAACCACUUUUAGCUCGGAUAAAACCUGUCAGUACAAAUGACACUAAGAAUGUAUUCCUGUCAGCUGUUCGUUUUGCUAUGUCCGUCACAAGUUCUGUUCCUCCAUUCACGGAUGAACUGAAGACUUCUGCCCAGGAACAAGUUGAGUACAUGCUUCUGGAGGAUGAAGAUGCUCCUCUGGUUGCAGUGGAUGAGGAUGUGAAAUCCGAGGUCAGUACAGGCCUAGCCAGGAUGUUUACGACGUUGGAGACAGCACUGAAUAUGCUCGCCUCAGAUGUUGAUCAGUCGCUCGAGGCAGGUGAACACCAACUCUUGCAGAGCCUAUCAGAUCUUGAGUGGAUGUGUAACAUAAUUCCGAAGAUGGAAAUGAUGAAAGAAUUUGUCUUCGGUUGGGCUCAUGUCUCUGAUCACAUCCUGGCAGUCAUUCAAGAUGAGAAGUACAGCUCCAGCUUGUGGUCCGUCAAAGCAAAGUCGAUAGAAGUAACUGGAAAAGCUUUGGAUGCUAUCGGGUAUGGCAGCGUCAUUCUUCCAGCACCAUUCAGAGUCCACUUCUUGAGAACAUGGCUCCCUUACAUCAGGAAGAUGAAGCAUUUACUGGAUUUGAAGAGCAUGGAGGACGAAUCGUUUCCCUAUAAGAUGGAUGGCGAUUUGUGCCAGAACGUAGAAGGUGCGAUCACAUCUCUCGUGCUUGCUUUGCCGUCGAAUGAUCAAGCGGAGAUAUUCACAGAUUGGAUGAAAAAAACUGAGCAGUUGAGUUAUCCUGAUUUGAGCGAGGCAUUCGAAGUGUGGUGUUACAGGACCAAAGCUGCAAAGAGGAGGUUGAUGGCCAGCCUAAAUGAAGCCGGCAAUCCUGCGGUCAGCCUCGGAUGAUCUCAUUUUUGUAUGUCGUAACAGAGACGAUUCCUUUUCAUUCUUAUGGCUCAAGGUUUCUACUGUUGUUAGUAAUGGUUCAAGGGAGAUGAACCUGUUUGACCCAUUCAUACAUGCUAGGGCAUGAUAUGGUCAACCGUUGACUUUGCAAAAGGAUGUGCUUUUGAGCAACGACAGUAAAAUCGAGCUCAGGGUGGAAGAAUCUCGAUAUACACACGAUUGCAUCAAAGAAGUCCUUUGGGUUUUUA